UGUUCGAGGUAGCAGUGAUAAAUGCAUCUGAAACUAGAAAAGAAACACUAACCCUCGUAAGUCAUAAUGCACCUGUACUUAACAAAAUAGAGAAAAUCUCUUGUUGUUCUGACUCAUACAUAUAUGCACAAAGGAGAGUGAGUUGGAGAUUGAAAGAGAGUAAGAGUAACAACAACUUCAUAUACAUAUCUUACCUUUGAGAUCCGUUAUGGUUGAUGAUCGUAUUAGUGCAUUGCCGGAUGAAAUCAUUUGUCACAUACUCUCAUUUCUCCCAACAGAAGAUGUUUUUACAACUAAACUUCUUUCAAAAAGGUGGAGACCUUUAUGGCUUUUACUUUCCAAUCUCGACUUUGAUGAUCGUCGAUGCAGCCGUGAACUUUAUUCACAGUUUAUAAACAUGGUUUUUAUAUCUAUAUAUGCACGAAGUGCGCACAAGCCUAUCAAAAGGUUCCUCCUCAGAUGUGAUGGUAAUUCUAUCUGUGAGCCAAAAGAAUCUGAUAUAGUCACGUGGUUAACUGCCGCUGCAGAACGUGGGAUGGAACACCUCGAUGUUCAUAUUUCUAGUAACCAGAAUUUUAACUGCGUUUUUAGCUUCAAAAACCUAGUUGUUCUCAAGUUGAGAGCGAUACAUAUUACUACUAUUCUACCUGUUGACCUUCCCUUGCUUAGAACUUUACAUCUGAAUGGAGUUUAUUUCCUUGAACAUUGGUUUCUAUUGGAAAUUCUUAAUGGCUGUCCAAUUCUGGAGGAUUUUGAAGCGAAAAAUAUAUUUGUCCGAAACUCGGCAAAUGAGUAUGAGGCAGAGUUUAAACGGUUAACUAAGUUGGUCAAGGCAGACAUUUCUAAUUUGUCUGUUUACAAUGUUCCUUUGGAAGGCUUUUCUAAUGUUGAAUUUCUUCGGUUAGAAGAGAUCUAUGGUUGUGUUCCAGAGUUUUCAAAUUUGACUCAUUUGGAAUUUGUUAGCAGGAGAAACGUUAAUUGGUGUUUGUUAUACGAUGUGUUGGAGAAAUGUCCUAAGCUUCAAAAUCUUGUGCUUGAAAUGCCUCAACUUGUAACAUCAGUUUCUACUCUUUGCUGGUACCCAAAUAUCUUUCCCAAAUGCCUUUUAUCACAGUUGAAAGAGUGCACUAUUGCAAAUUAUAGAGGACAUCAAUACGAGUUGAAGUUUGUACAACAUAUUAUGUUGAAUUCAAAAUCUUUACGGAGGAUAACUAUAUGCAGUCCGCCGUCCAUGAAUCCUCGGGAGAUGCUUGAAAUGCAAAAGGAAUUGUCGUUCUUCCCAAUGAGGUCUGCAACAUGCGAAGUUAAUUUUAAAUUUGUUUGAGUAGCUGCAAGUUCUUCCUAGAUGAUUGCAUUUUUUAUUUGUUUCUACGUUUUCAUAAUGUGUCCCAUUUCUGACUGUUUUGUGGUGAUUUUUCCUUUGUUAUAGGCAUGUUGAUAUUCUAGAAAAAUUAUGCUUAGCUAUCCACAGCUAGAAGAUAGCUAGUGUCUUCUUUGAUA